GGAUUGUCUAAAAACAAAAUGUGAGGAGAUGUUCUUCUGUCUGCACUCACCUUUCCAGUGAGGAUAACACAUGGGAGCCGCAAGACAACCUGGACCUGGACCUUAUCACCGAGUACAUGCAGAAACACAUGGAGAUGGAGGAGAAGAAGGAGGAGGGCAAGAGGAAAGGUGUCGGGAAGGAGGAGGCACCUUCAGAAGACGGCAAGCUGGCGACCAGAGCAGGAAAGAAGGGCAAGAAAGAGGAGGAGGAGCCUGCAGCAGUGAAAGAGGAAGAGGAGGAGGAGCCUGCAGCAGUGAAAGAGGAAGAGGAGGAGGAGCCUGCAGCAGUGAAGGAGGAAGAGCAGGAGGAAGAGGAGUAUGUGGUGGAGAAGGUUUUGGACCGCAGAGUGGUGAAGGGAAGAGUAGAGUUUCUGCUGAAAUGGAAGGGGUUCUCAGAUGAGGAGAACACAUGGGAGCCACAAGACAACCUGGACCUGGACCUUUUCGCCGAGUACAUGCAGAAACACAAGGAGACGGAGGAGAAGAAGAAGGAGGGCAAGAGGAAAGGUGUCAGGGAGGAGGAGAAACGGAGAGGAAGAGGAGUCAAACGUCACCGCUGUCAGCUUUGUGACAAAUCCUUCACAACAUCAGCAUAUUUAAAGAUUCAUCAGAGAGUUCACACUGGAGAGAAGCCUUACAGCUGUGAUCAAUGUGGGACAGCUUUCACACAACAGAGUGCCCUGAAAAGACAUCAACGCAUUCACACUGGUGAGAAACCUUACAGCUGUGAACAAUGUGGGAAAACGUUUUCUCAUAGUGGUGACCUUAAAGCUCACCAGCGCAGUCACAAUGGAGAGAAGCCGUACAGCUGUGAACAAUGUGGAAAAACGUUUUUUCAUUGUAGUCACUUUAAAAAUCACCAGCACAUUCACACUGGAGAGAAGCCGUACUGGUGUGAACAAUGUGGGGAAACCUUUUCUCAUAGUGGUAGCCUUAAAACCCACCAGCGAAUUCACACUGGAGAAAAGCCGUACAGCUGUGAACAAUGUGGGAAAACGUUUACUAAUAGUGGUACCCUUAAAAGACACCAGCUCAUUCACACUGGAGAGAAGCCGCACUGGUGUGAACAAUGUGGGAAAACCUUUUCUCAGAGUGGUAACCUUAAAAGUCACCAGCGCAUUCAUACUGCCUCGUUGUGAACAUGUUUCAGAGCCAAGCCGUUUCCUCUCAUCAUGCCCUGAUAGCUGUGUUGUUAUUUUCUGAUCUUCUCUCCACAUUGAAGGCUGACCAGCAGUAACUUUAUCUCCUGAGCAACAUGUAUGUUAUUGUGGAUCAGAUGGACUGUUUUCUACCUUUCCUCAGAAGCCUUUACCAUUUAGGCACCAGAGCUGGUGCCUGAACCCAUCCUUUUAAAAAUAUGUAUUUUUAAAUGUAUAUAUAAAAAAAAAAAGGAGCCCAAAAAGACAGUCAGCAACAUUUAAGAACGGCUUGUUUAUUGCUAUAUGGUCCAAAUUAAAUGUAAAA